CCGGCCAGGAUGGAGAGCAACGUGUCCUCCGGGAACUGUUCUGAUCCCCAGAUGUCCUUCCAGUCCACCCUCUACGCCACCACCUACACCCUCAUCUUCAUCCCGGGGCUCCUGGCCAACAGCGCUGCCCUGUGGGUCCUGUGCAGGUUCCUCAGCAGGAAGAGCAAAGCCGUCAUCUUCAUGAUCAACCUGGCCGUGGCUGACCUGGCCCACGUCCUCUCGCUGCCCCUGAGGACCUACUACUACAUCAACCACACCUGGCCCUUUGGGAACGUCCUGUGCCAGCUGUGCUUCUACCUGAAGUACCUCAACAUGUACGCCAGCAUCUGCUUCCUGAGCUGCAUCAGCAUCCAGCGGUACCUGUUCCUGCUGCACCCCUUCCGAGCCAAGGGCUGGAAGCGCCGCUAUGAUGUGGCCAUCAGCGCCCUGGUGUGGCUCUUGGUGGGGGCCGCCUGCCUGCCCCUCAUCAUCGUCAGGAGCCCAGCCCUGUCCAACUCCAUCAACAGCUGCUUCUCGGACCUGGGUGUGAAGCAGCUCAGCCCGGGGUCUGCCAUCGCGCUGGUGACGGUGGCAGAGCUGUUUGGCUUCGUCAUCCCCUUCGGCACCAUCGCCUGGUGCACGUGGAGGAUGUGGCAUUCCCUGCGGGACGGCCCCACGGCGCUGCAGGACGCCGGCGAGAAGAGGAAGGCGCUGAGGAUGGUCCUCAUGUGCGCCGCCGUCUUCUUCAUCUGCUUCACGCCCUACCACAUCAACUUCCCCUUCUUCAUGAUGGUGAUCGAGAACGUCAUCCGGGACUGCGCCGUGCACCGGAGCACGCUGCGCUUCCACCCCAUCUCGCUGUGCCUGGCCAGCCUCAACUGCUGCCUGGACCCCGUCCUCUAUUACUUCAUGACCUCCGAGUUCCAGGCGCAGCUGCUCCGCCACGGCUGCGUGGCGCUGAGAGCGCGGCUCCCGCCCCGCCGGGGCAGCGCCUCGGCCACCGACACUGCCCACGACAUCCGUGUCAGGAAGAGGAAUCUCCCUCGCCUCAAGUUCUGGUCUCUUCCCAAGUUCUUCGGCCAAAUAAACAGCAUGGACAUCCCCGCCGUGCCGCCCGAUGAGCUGCUGCUGGAGUCCAUCUCCUGAGCGUCGGCCAGCCCUGUCCGUGCAGGGGCUGCUCGGAGCUGCAGUGAGGGCUGCUCUGCUCUGCAAAUCCCUCUGGAAUUGUCCUUGUGUGCUGCAGAUGCCAGCACCCGGUCCAUAGGGACGUUGUGAUGCCAAAAGAUUUGCUGGUUGUGUUGUUGCUGCUGGGGACUGUUGUCUUCCAUCCCCUCAAAAGUCAUUGUUGAUGCCAAAGUUUCCCCUGUGCUGAACUGCAGUGGGUUCAGGUGCCUCAUUUCAGGUGUUUCAGUGCUUCUACAUAUUUGUCAUUUUGGGGAAUCCUUCUGAACCCCGAGCUGUGAGUGAGUUGCUCAGCCUUGGCACAGCUCUGGGGAUUUCAGCCCUGAUGCUCACACGGGGCUCUGCAUCAGGACACUUCAUUAUCUCCAUGUAAACUGAACCUUUCCCACUGCAAAAAUGCAUCACCUGGGUCCAAUCCAGCCUAAUUUGGACUGCAAGGCUAUAACCAAGCAAAGAGCAUUAACCUGUAUCACAUCAGUGUUAUAAGGGAGGGUUCUAACAAACUGGGCUCAGCUCACCUGCUGGAAAAUGCACCCAGGGCUGAGCCAAAGGAUCCAUCUGGCCCCUGGGAGCUGCAGCUGCUAGACUGAUCAUGGGGAAUCGAUAUUUGAAUGACAAAUUAUGAUAGCUAUGCCACAAAGAGGGAGCUGUGCCACCUGCCAGGGCACAGGAAAUCACAGCUCUGUUGUGAGCUGCAAAAACAGGGACUUGUUGGUGUCUCUUGUGUUGUUAUUUGGAGUCUUGUGUUAAUUGUCGUGUUGCUGACGCGUGUGGUUGCACAUGAAGAUGUUAUCCAAACCUUCAGUUUUGCUUUGAGCACCAAAAACCAUCCCAACCCCCACUGGGUACUGAGAAAAUUUACAGAACUGACUCCAGUACACCCUGAAAGCUUCAGACUCUGAGGAAAUAAAAUGAUCCCAAUGUGUA